AUUUCUUUUGACAAACACUUCAAAUCAAACAACUCUUACGAUGUCAAUUAUAAUAAUCCUAUUACAUAUCAACGACGUUUAAUAAGAGAUAUUCAGGCAAAAUAUCAUAAAAUUGAUCUUUAUCCAACCGAAUCACAAAUUUACGAGAUGAUACAGUUCGCUUCAAAAUGUUCUCGGCGAAGAACAUUGCAUACGAUUUCUGCAGCUGCCACAACCGAAACAACCAAUUCAAAACAAUUGAAUAAUAAUGACAAUGAUAAACCAAGUGAAACUGGAUUAACAUUUGGAGAGUUUUGUUUCUUUGCUAGUGUUUUAACUACUAAUGCCCGUGCAUCACAUAGCCGUCAAUCCAUGUCGAAUCAUGUCUCUUCCCUUCACAUGGAACAUUCGCAACCACAACUAUUCAAUCAUGGUUUUCCGGUAUCAAUGGCUCAUUAUAAUAAUCGUAAUAGCAGUCAAACACCCAUUCAUUAUAGUUUUCCUUAUUUAAGAGGUGGCCAUCUGAGCAAUCAUCGCACUAGUCUAGUCGACCAUCCUGGCAAUUCUAAUCAGAACAAAUUUGAUAUUUUUCUUGGCGGCUCCUGUAAUCCGACCCGUUGGCGUUCAGAUCUGGUGAUGCCUGAAUUGAAAAAGAAAUGUCUCACCUAUUAUAAUCCGCAAGUCGAUCAUUGGGGGCCGGAGCUAAUCGAAAUGGAAAGCUAUGCUAAACAGAAUUCUGAAGUAUUAUUUUUCGUUGUCGAUAAUCAAACACGCGCAAUUGCAUCAAUGAUUGAAGUAGCUUUUAUUGCAGCAUUAUCACGAAAAUUAAUUCUGGUCAUCAUUGAUCUCGAACCUUGGUCUGAACAAAUGGUAAUCGGUAAUGAUCAUAUUUCUAAAGAAGAAUAUGAAUAUUUACGUCGUGGUCGUCAAUAUCUUCGUGAUAUUGUUGAACGCCAAGAAAUCCCGAUUUUCUGUGAUAUUUCUAAAGCUCUUCGAUCUGCCAUUCAAGUCCUCGAAGAAAAUGUUUGGCCACAAAAUUUGGCACUUAGUGAUGAUGUCAUACCUGUGAAAAAUGGACGAAUAUCAUUGGGUGAAAAAAUUAUUCAAGUUUAUCAAGUAUAUAAUCAGUCAAAAAAUUCUAAGGAAGAAGAAGUAACGAUGGAGGAACUUAAUUUUGCUUACCUUAGUUGGACCCGACGAGAGAUAACAUCUGAUUUAUUGAGACAAAUUGCAAGAUGGCAUCUAGCUCAAAAAUCAUCAGAUGGUAAAACUGUUGAUAUAAUCCCACCAUUGGAUCAGAUUCCAUUGGAUUUUAAUGAUUUCUGCAUCAUUGUAUCAGAAUUGGAAAUGCAGUGGAAUCGAAUGCAGAAUAUUUCAGACGAAAACGAAAUCAGUCAGAAUGUUGAACGAAUUUCGGAAGGAUCUGAAAGUUCCGAUACAGCUGGAAGAGAUAGUUUUACAAGUACAACUACAAUCGAAACUGAUUCCGACAGCUGUAUAACGUUGAAUUCAAAGAAAAAAACCAAACCAAAGAAAAAAUCGUCCAAAAGUGAAAAACGAUCAUCUUCGAAUGAAACCACCAAUACAGUCCUAAAUCAAUUUGUAGAGAAAGUUUCAGCUGUAAUCAAAUCAUUGAUCGAUUCUGGGAUCGGUAUCAAUAGUGAAUCAAAUGUCCCUUCUGGAGGCACCAAAAAAGAAAAAAAUAGAAAACGUCAAAAUUCUUCACGAACAAACAAAUCAAAUUGUAUAAAAUAUAAUGACAAAACAGAUGUGAUUGGAAAAGUGAAAGAUUCAUCUUAUCCACCACCAGAGGAAUAUCUGAUGAGAUCUAGUCAAUCAUUGAAUCAUUUGAAUUCGGAUAUAGAUUAUUAUCCUCAUCAGUCACAACAACAUCGUCAUCACCAACUAUCAUAUCAUUUAAGUCCACAUCAUCAAAAUCAACAUCAUAACAAUCAUUAUCAUCUCACUCGUCAUCGUAAUUCGGUAUCGCCAUUUCGUAAAUCUUCAUCACCUCGUCUUGCCUACAUGGACCAAUCUAAUAUUAAUUAUGAAGAUCCUCAUGUUAAUUAUCGUCGGCGUUCUUACAAUCAACAUCGUUCAUCGGCAACAUUUUUGCCUCCAUUACAAUCAUCGCAUCGACAGCCAACACCAUUUAUGAUUUCAUCAUCAUCACAAACAUCAAUAAAUUCCAUGAACGAGAAUGGCUAUGAUCUUUAUCUCGGUGGUUAUUUGGAUCCAACAUUGUUACGGGAUAAAAUUAUUCCGUUGCUCAAAAAAAAUUCGAUCACGUUUAGUUUGCCAAAGUUUGAUAAACAAGCCAAAUAUGAACGUAUGACACCAUUGGAAGCGAUCAACAUUGAAAAAUGUCGUUUACUUUUAUUCGUCAUACCGGAAGAUUCAUUAGAUAUUUCAUCGAUGAUUGUGGCCGCCCAUUAUGUUGGAUUAGAAUUCAAAGUGGUACUCUGUAUUCAAUAUAUCAAUCCUGCCAAAUCUAAAUUGGCUUCAAAGUUGAGUCCAAUGGCGAUCAAAGAUUAUAAUCGUGGUCGAUCAUAUCUUUCGGACAUGGCAACCAAAUCUCAUGUACCUGUUUUCCAUGAUAUUGAUGAAGCGAUUGAAUGUUGUAUUGAACGUUGUCAAAGAUGAUUUAUCAUUUCAUUGCCAAAUAUUAUAUAACAUUUUGAGAUCAAAAUGAUUCUAGUCUUUAUAUUUAAAAACACGCACAAUAUUAUACGACAUUAAUCUACCUAAAU